AUGGAUAACAACGUGACCACCAACCGAGAAACUACGAGGAGCACACACACUUAUACUUUCCAUCGCGAGGGUAUGGUUCAAUUGGGACAAUUGGGUGAAUUGGUCACUGGUCAUAAUGAAACAGUGUUCAGUGGCAACUAUGGCAACAUAUUAUCUCUUCUGUAUUCGCGUGUCGACGAAUGGGCCUUAUCUACUCUUCUUCAGUUCUACGACCCAGAUAUCCGUUGUUUCACAUUUUCAGAUUAUCAGCUAGCUCCCACUCUCGAAGAGUACUCUUACCUCCUCAACAUCAAGAUUCAACACAGAGUGCCUUUUGUUUGUGUCCCAGAGAAACCUAGGAUGGAUUACAUUGCCAAGGCUCUUUAUUUGAGCUUGGGGGAUGUUCAUGAUAACUGGAAGAAGAAGGGUGAUACUCAUGGCUUCCACAUGAGUUUCCUGGUUGAAAAAGCUCAAGAAUUUGCCGACAAAGGAAUUUGGGAGGCUUUCAAUGCUAUUUUGGCCGCUCUGAUCUAUGGAAUUGUGAUGUUUCCCAACAUUCACAAGUUCGUUGAUUUGGCUGCUGUAUGUCUUUUUAUGGACAAGAAUCCAAUACCCACCCUAUUGGCUGACACAUAUUAUUCCAUUCACUCUCGGCAUGGUAAAAGAGGGGCUAUUAGAGGUUGCUUGCCGCUGUUAUAUAAAUGGUUCAAAUCUCACUUGCCUGCUAGUGGUCCGUUUGUUACCUCUACUCAGAAAUGGUCUCAGAGAAUCAUGGGACUUACUGCAAACGACAUCGUAUGGUAUCAAUUCCGAACAGGCAUAUCUGAAGUCAUUAUCAGGUGCGGAAACUUUGGUAACGUCCCGCUCAUUGGGACAAGAGGAUGUAUUAACUACAACCCAGUUCUAGCCCUUCGUCAGUUGGGCUAUACCAUGAAGAGUGGGCCUUCGGAUAGGGAGAUUUACCAAUCCGUAUACUUUGAGAAAGGAGCUGACCCUGUAGCACUUGAGGAAAUCAGGAAAGCCUGGAACAACAUUCAUAUAGGUGAGAGAUCCACUCUGGGAGCCAAGAAUGCCAUUGCUAUGGAGCCCUAUGCCGAUUGGGUUAAGGAGAGAGUCAAGACACUUCUGUUACCAUUCCCGAGGGUCCCCCUCUUAUAUGCACAACCUCCGAAGAUAUCAGAAACUAUGGUAUCAAGGGAACGUUUUGACCAGGUCCGCGUCGCCAAUUUGAGACUGAAAGAGAAAGAUAGGGAUAUGGAUUUGAAGCGCUAUUUCCUUAAACAGACAAAGAAUGAACUGGCCCGUGAACUUAAAACUCUCAAAGGAGAGUCUUCUCAAGCCAGGAAGAGGGUUAGAACUGAAAAGGACGGAAAAGCUGUUGUCACUCCUACUGAAGAUCCUCAAAAGGUUAUAGAAAAGGCUAUAAAGGAAGAAAAAGAGAAGCUCAGACGAGAGUAUCAAGAAGACCUGAAAGCCCACAAGCUCCGACUGGAGAAAGAAACCAAAUCACCACCAGACUUGUUGGAUGGGGUCUCUAUUGCUCUUUAUAUUGAGACAUUGUUAUUUGUGUUUGAACCUACUCGCCUUAGGGGGCUAUUAUGA